AUGGUCGUCAAAAGCUCCAACUGUAAGUAUUGUGCGUUUGAAAGGAUCGAGUAUUGCGAUGAACAGGGUGAGACUUUGUGCAUCAACUGUGGCGCCGUCCUCGAGGAACGUGGAAUGGUUGAACUUCUGCAAUACUCUGAGACCCCUUCCGGAGGUUCGGCAAUUGUUGGACAGUUUUUACCCACUGUUGGAUGCAGGCAUGUAACUUUGGCUUUUGGCUCCAAGCAGAGCAGGGGUCAAAUUAUUCAAAGGGGUUACAGCAAUAUACAACGCAUAGCUGGAUACCUUCACCUAUCAACCCAGCAUGUAGAGGCUGCGCAACGCAUUUAUUUGCUGGCAGUUCAACGUAGUUUUACAAUCGGCCGAAACAAUCUUCAUGUAGCUGCAUGUUGUCUUUACAUUAUUUGCCGGAGGGAAAAGACACCACAUCUGUUAAUUGACUUCUCAGAUGUAUUACAAACACCAGUCAAAAUACUUGGACAGAUUUUUAUGAAAUUAGUGCGUUUGCUUCAUAUCUCAGUUCCAAACGUCGAUCCAUCUAUCUUCUUCGAGCGAUUCGCUAGCCAGCUAAAAAUCAAAGAUAAAAUUAGACAGAUAACUGCAACGGGGAUAAGAUUGAUUCAGGCAAUGGACAGGGAUUGGCUCUGUACCGGUAGGAGGCCUACUGGCCUUUGCGGUGCUGCAUUGGUUGUAGCUUCUAGAUAUCAUGGAGUUCCACUUUCUGAAUCAGCAGUGGCUAAUGUUGUUAGAAUAUCAAAUUAUACAAUUAUUAAGAGAUUGUCAGAAUUUAAAUUGACUGCUACAGCCAGAUUAACUAGGGGAGAUUUUGAACGCCUUGAUCUCACCGAAUUACCGCAGCUAUCCUUGCCCCCAUGCCUAAGAAGCUCAGCCCCUAAUCUAGUCGUAACGGACCUCGAUUCUGCACAUACAGACUGUGGGCGAUCUGAAUCAGGAUUAACUGAUAUUCGCAGCAUUUCUGUCAAAGACUUUUCAGUGGUGAACGCCAGCACUCCCUCCAUUGCUAAUUCCAGUGUCAUUAAUGGAUCAAUAGACGGUGGUUCAGUCAAUGGUGAUGGUGAUAAAAUAUGCGAGUUGGACACGUUGUUUUCUGUGGAUGAUUCGAUGGAUAAUAGCAAUGAUGUACUUGGGGAUACUUUGGAAAAUUCUUUGGUAGCGGAAUCUUUGAUUUGCAGCGAACCCAUGAAGAGCAGCCCCGGUGGGUCGAUGGAAUCAGAUUCCACUUGUGAAACCAUGUAUGAGCCCCCGAUAGUGCCACAAGAGAUGAUAGAUAGUGUUAAAGAAACGUUGCUACGGCAUCAAGAAAAGCAAAGGGCCAUUGAAACUAUGUUGGACAAUUUUAACUCUUAUAUAGAAUCUUCAGAACCAAAUAGCGAAUGUGAAACCGACGAGACCAUCAGUGAACCUGAUGAAGAAGAUGAGCUAGUAAUCUCCCAAAUGAUACUAACUGAUAAGGAGAGGGAGUGUAAGGCCACUAUCUGGGAUGAGAUGACCAGAGAUGUAAUGCCACAUGUAUGGCGUAGGUUGCAAGAGAGACAAAAGCGUGCCUCUACAGAGCAUAAGCGGAAAUAUGUCAAGAGGAAGAUACAGUAUCCAGAGGCCUCGAAUGCAGCUGAGUCAGUUAAAAUGGCUUUGGAACGUCAUGGCAAGGGAUUGGUUAAACGAUUAAACUACAAUGCUUUAUAUUCACUACUUACAUGA